UAAAGAUGAUAGAUUGAUCAUCUAAAUAUUACUUCCCUUUUCCAUUAAUUGACAUUAUUAUUAGUCUAAAGGAAUGGACAGGAAAGAAGGGUUAGCUAGAGCUUUGUAUUGAGAAAGUUGUGACAUGGAAGGACCAGUUUCCUUUGGUCUUGUGUUUGCUGGCUGUGAUUUUAAAUCCAAAUGUAGCACAGCCUAAUGUGCAGUCUAGUCUGGCACCCUGUGCGCACAUGCAUUUUUGGGGCUGAAAAUUGCCUUUAAUCAUAAGUUGUCGUGCAACUCUCUCAUUACGCAUGCUCUGUAUCCAGACACUGUAACUCUAAUGUAAUUCUCUCAUUACGCAUGCUCUGUAUCCAGACACUGUAACUCUAAUGUAACUCUCUCAUUACGCAUGCUCUGUAUCCAGACACUGUAACUCUAAUGUAACUCUCUCAUUACGCAUGCUCUGUAUCCAGACACUGUAACUCUAAUGUAACUCUCUCAUUACGCAUGCUCUGUAUCCAGACACUGUAACUCUAAUGUAACUCUCUCAUUACGCAUGCUCUGUAUCCAGACACUGUAACUCUAAUGAAACCUUAGUACAGGUCAUGACCCUUAUUUAUUAUUAAUAUAUUCUUAUUUGUAUUGACAGGACUCGUUUGAUUGGAUGAGAUGGCUGAGCUUGGCCUUUAUCUUCUUGUACAUUAUUUCAUUUGCUAUUGGACCUGGACCUAUCCCUUUUGUGAUUGUCCCCGAGUUGUGGGCCCAGGGUCCCCGCCCAUCUGCCAUGUCUAUUUCUGUCCAAGUCAACUGGUGGUGCAACUUUGUUGUUGGUCUGACCUUCCAGUUUAUCCAGUCUGGCAUCGGAGCUUAUACAUUCCUGGUCUACAUGGCUUUCCUGAUCUUAAGUACCAUCUUCAUAUUUUUCUUUGUUCCUGAGACAAAGAACAGGACAUUUGAAGACAUCUCUUCUAGUUUUGGAAAGAAACACGAGGUCAACCAAAAUGAGUAUGAACUGCAGGGUUCCAACAAGAGAGAUCAGUUGUGAACUGACCCAAAUAAUGUAUCAGAAUAGAUUAAACAGUAAAAUACAAGAACCACAUUUGUGUGUGUGUGUCACUCAAACUGGAGACUUUAAACAAAGGAACAAAGUAUACGAUUGCUAUCACAUAGGAAAACAAUAGGGUCCAUUUUUGUCUGUGGGUCCACAGUCACUCAGUCUUGUCUGACGAUAAAACUCAUCUUUUUAUCAUUCAAUGAGUCAGUUUUGUUUUAAUUCAAAUUUGUUUUUUAAGUAAUAUUAAGUGCCUCGAAAACAAGAUUUGCAGUGGAGAUAUUUAUACAUUUCUCUGUUGUUUGUCAUGGUGUUUUUGUAAGACAAAUUAAACAAUUUGGAAUGUUGCAGUAAUUUGUAGAUAUGUUUAAUCAGGUUAAAUCUAGUCUCUAGAAAUAGUCUCUUUAUAUUGAUGCAUAAAUUCUGUGUUGGAAUCAACUGAAGUUGUGUCCGAAGUGACUUCGGCUUCGGCUGCAAUGUUAACGAAAGCCUAGCUACAGCUAUUGGCUACAGCUAUUGGCUACAGCUAUUGCCUAAGUCAACAAUGUUGAAGAAGCCUUGUCAUCAUCCAGCCACAGCCACUGGACUGGCUCCCAGUAACCCAUUGCCAACUCUAAAGAAGAUGGGUUGCAAGAGACAAAUGACCAACAGGGUACCAGGCAAUAGAUGACAGGCCAAAAAGAAGUUGAUUCAGAAGUGUAGUUAGAAUAAAUAAAAGUGGAAUAAAUGUAUUUUUGAAUUGAAAAGAAUUCUUCUGAAAAAAGUUGUUUUUGGAAUUGCUAAAAUUGAUAGACUUAAAAAAAUGUCAGCACACACAUUUGAUGUAUUUUAAGGGAUUGUAGUAAACAAUGGUAUGAUAAGAAAAGAUUUGUCAAAAACAUUUAUGAUGGAUGUCUACACAAGAUUGAAUACAACACCGAGGUGCUACAACUGGUUAUAUUAUCGAUUAAACUCAGUACAUUUUUAGCUCAUUGUGUUUUUGCUGUGUAUGUGAGAGUGGUUCUUAAAAUUAGACUAAAAGCUAGAGCGGUGUACACUUGACUUAAGUUCUUUACAAGUUUGAAUGUCUAAGGAUAUCAACUUUGUGACAACAACCUUACAGACCAUUUCGUGUUGGGUUUUCUACUUUCGAAUUACUGUUCAAUGCAAAAUGUGCUCUUUUAUUACUAAGCAUAGUAAUAGUAACAUCUGUAUAAAUUUCUAUGUGAUUUUUUGAAUACGGCUUUUCUUUCUCAUUACAAUUCAUAUCUGUAAAUAUUAUAAUCUGUUCGUGUUUUGUUUUCUCCCUUUGUUCCAAUGUUAGAUUUGUAAAUAUUUUAAAUAAUACCACAAUUAUAAAGCUUUUAAGUGUAUAUGGCUAUCGUUAUGGCUAUGGCUACGGCUAUGGCUAUGGCUACGACUAUGGCAAAUGGCUGUUGUCUGAAGCAAUAAUGAAGAAGGGCUUUUGAUUGUCUAGCCAAAAUGCUUUGUAAAGCCUUUACUGUGGGCACAAGUGGCAUUGGCUAAGGCUACUGCCUUGGCUGUAGAAACAGUGAGAAUUGGGCCUUUUCAGUAUCUAGCCAUAGUCAUUUAAUUAAAGCCAUUAUUUUGAGUUCAGCCUCUGAUUCAAACCCUUGAUACCAAAAUGAGGCUUGAAGUGCAAAAUCUGGCUACUUUUUCAUGUACUGAUAGUUUUGUAAUUUUGUCCUUCCAAGUGAAAAAUAAGAGUACUUGAAUUAGAGUGAUUUUUUAAAAAGUACUAUAAAU